GGGACAAGCAGCGGAACCAUGUGCGACCAUGUGCGUCCGUCCUCAUGUAUACGCAUUGAUGUGUUUACUUCGUGUUAAGAGAGGCUUCUUUUUGUUCACCUGGACAUGAAACCAAACUAUGACUUCAGCUCCAAUAGAACUCCCACAUCCCUUUCUGUCUCCAGUCGCUGAGGUACGUCUUCCGCAUCGACCUACACUCAAGACAAGGCAGGCGAUGAGAGCAGCACCAGCAGUUCCACGGAAGACGGUCCGGAGCCGGAGCAGACUGGCGGAGCGAACGAGGAGGGCUACUGCUCCUGCAGCUCGGAAGGCCCGGGAAGCUCAGGCUUCGGCGGGCAGUCCCUCCUUUGCUCCAGCUCCAGGCACUGCGCUCAAGGUGCCGCCCUUGAAGAUGUCUGGUGUCUUUGGGCCCCGAGGCAUCACUCCCUCCUUUGGGGCCCCGUCGACGAAGAUGACCCUGCAAGGAAAGCAAAGCCCGCGUCGUCUCUUGAGUGCACGAUCCGAGGAAGAUACAGGCACGGCGCGCAAGCUUUCCCAUCGGCUUCAAAACUGCGAGUUUCAUCAGAUGAAUGACAGUACAGACUGCGAGUAUCACAAGUUGGCCUCCAGUGAUUCCGACUCCUGCGCCACGCAGUCGGAGGAGGAAUCGGAAGUGAGGCCGUCAACGUGACGCGCGGACUUGGCGCAGCACAGCUUUUUUACGACAGGAGAUGUGGAGGACGAGAGCAUGGCGAACUGGAGCAGAACACCACCCCGUGACUCGUGGUGUUGUGUGG